AUGGACUCACAUCUGUCCGAUAAAAACAGACACCCAACUUUGCAAAGUGUGGAACAACUGGUGGAAAACUGCAAGGAAACUUGGCUGAAAGCUUGGGCGUUGCUCCUGAUCGCGCUGCGAAGCAUUCGCAGACUUAACAUCUUGCUGGUCAUCUCAAAGGACUUGCAGUGUAAGAAACUUCAAAGCCUUACCAUUCGCACGCUGCCAGGAAGCCAUCCAAUUGUAGAGAGGAUUCCCCGAGUGAGGUCACGCGACAACGACACAUCAGCGCGAAAGUCCGGGAUUUCCCUCCAGCAACCAUCCAGAGAGAAGAACAGCCUUCAACUCAACUCAAAGCAAUCAGUGAUGGAGGGAGAUUCAGUCACUAUAAACUCUGGUCUUACUGAAAUAAUGGAUGAUGAUGUGAUUCAGUGGAGGUUUUGGGUUGAAGGCAUUGUAAUAGCUGAGAUCAGUAAAGAGUUUGACAGUAUUACUGUUUAUGAUGUUCUUGAUGGGAGAUUCAGAGACAGACUGAAGCUGGACAAACAAACUGGAUCUCUGACCAUCACAAACACCACAACUGAACAAACUGGAACUUAUGAUCUGCAGAUCAACAUUCACAGCAGUUUUUUUUUUUAUCUCACUGUCUAUGCUCGUCUACCUGUUCCUGUCAUCAGCAGAGACUGUUCCUCUUCUUCAUCAUCAUCAUCAUCAUCAUCAUAUUGUUCAUUGGUGUGUUCAGCGGUGAAUGUGGGUCAUGUGACUCUCUCCUGGUACAAAGGAAACAGUUUAUUGUCCAGCAUCAGUGUGUCUGAUCUCAGCAUCAGUCUCUCUCUACCUCUGGAGGUGGAAUAUCAGGAUAAAAACACCUACAGCUGUGUGCUCAACAAUCCCCUCAGCCACCAGACGAGACAUCUGGACACCAAUGAACUUUGUCAACCAUGUUCAGACUCUGAACACUGUUGUGGUUCUACUGAAGCUGUGAUCCGAUUGGUCCUCUCUGCUCUGGUGGGCGUGGCUACUGUCAUUUUUAUGGUUUAUGACAUCAGAUCCACAUGGUCUAAACAUGUUGUCCCUAUUCUCUUAAUGAGUGUUUUUCAGGCGUAA